AUGAAUCAUGUGACGUGGUCUGUGGUUGUCCUGUUUUUAUUUACUACGUCAAUUGCUCAAGUUGUACACCCGACAAGUCGUGUAGCUCCAGUUACAGAAGCGUCGGAACAACUAGCAAUAGCAUCGUGUGGUCCACGCAUUCGAAAGUCAUGGGAACAGCUGCUACCACAGGAAAAGGAUGUUUACUUGCGUGCAAUUGCAAGAUCCAUGGAUGACGGAUAUUAUAUUAAGUUUAUAGAGAUUCAUACGGAACAAAUGACAACGGCUGAAGCGCACAACACGUGCAUGUUCGUCUACUGGCACCGUUUGUUGCUUUUAGGUUUUGAAAAUAUGUUACGGAGCUAUGGUGGAGAGUUUUCUUGUAUUACUGUACCAUACUGGAACUAUGUUGACGACAAUCAGCGCUACAUGAUGGGUGGAUGUCGCAGCAUGGAAGAGUGCUCGUUGCUCUUGCGCGACUUUGGUGGAUCCUUGAAUGGAGUUACUCGCUCUGUCACGGUCAACGGAUCCCCCGUCAGCGGAACCUGCGUCACGACAUCGCCUUUAGAUCAUUUUUGUGAGGCCACACACCUUAGUGCAGAAAACUGUGCACGCUGUGUACCUCGGGGCAGCUGGUUAAACUCCCCCUUUCCGCCGACGACAACUGUGAGCUCACUUGUUCGUCAGCUAUUCGCGACUCCGACUAUUGCUGGCGUCGUGACCAACCUCGAGCUGGGUAUCCAUAAUACUAUCCAUAGCACGCUUUCAGGGGUUAUGGGCGUCUUGGAAGCGCCAUCUGACCCGAUUUUCUUUUCGCACCAUGCCACGAUUGAUCUGCUGCAUUCUAUCUACUACAAGUGUGUUGUGGGUAAUACCGUGCCAAUUCCGUUGGAGCAGAAGUUAAGAGAUCCUCGCGUGUACACAGAAUGCCCGCGACGUCAGCCACUUCCAGUGGACUCGGUGGAUCAAAACAUCCUUUACCCGGGAUCUACCGUCUUGCUACGCACGGGUGAAGAAGGAGUGAACCCCUUGUCAGUGUUUUCGCGGUUUAACACCCUGGCUCCGUUCUUCACAGCUCUACCUUCAGAGUAUUUGAGUUUCUCGGACAUUCGCGACCUUGGUGUCUUUAGCUACAACUAUGAGAUGACAGGGUUGCUGGCCGAAAUGUUUACGACAUGCCCUGGUGCUGGGAUGGAUCCCAACGCGGGUAGUUUGUCAGUCCGCCAUCUUGUAAGCUCCGUAAACGCCACGGAAGGUAAGUCGGCGUUUGUGGAAGCAGUGAUCGUCCCUAACAAUAGGACGGUGGAUGCUUGGUACAGCGAGGCGCUGGCAGCAGCAUCGAACAGUUCGUCGAUUGAGACCGUGAUGGUAGAUGCUACACAAAACGCACUCGAGGCGAUCAAAGAUGUGGAGAAGAUGACCUGCGUGUUCUAUGACGAGUGCCGUGACGGAGUGUAUGAUUUCAGUGAUGGUUUUCGUCGAAGCUUUCAAGCAAGUGGGUCGUCGCCGUGCACCACCAUUCUCGCCAACAUUAAAAGUGGUCUUGACCAUAUUCGAACGCCUAACUGGCGGUCUAUCUUUUUGCGUCACAUGAAGUGUGAUCGUACAUGA